AUGGAGAUGUAUAAUCGAGUGGAGAAGCCUAAGGAUGAGACGCCGAUGGCUGAGAACGAGAUUCGUAUCACCAGUAUGGGUAGGGCGCGAAAUUACAUUACUUAUGCGAUGACUCUUCUUCAGGAAAAGGGAUUGAAUGAAGUUAGCUUCAAGGCAAUGGGAAGAGCUAUCAACAAGAGUGUGACCAUAGUUGAGCUGAUUAAGAGAAGGAUUCCUGAUCUUCAUCAGAACACUUCUAUUGGAUCCACGGACAUAACUGAUACGUGGGAACCUAAAGAGGAAGGCCUUCUUCCAAUCGAGACAACAAGGCAUGUGUCGAUGAUAACUAUCACACUUUCAAAGGUGGAGCUGAACACAUCCUCAGUUGGGUACCAGUGUCCGAUUCCCAUUGAGAUGGUGAAGCCAUUAGCUGAGAUUGAUUACGAAGGACAAGAUGGAUCACCUAGAGGCAGGGGAAGAAGAGGCAGAGGAGGAAGGGGAAGGGGAGGAAGAGGUGGCAGAGGAAAUGGAUAUGUGAAUGCUGCUGAGCAUGAGGAUGGAGGAAUGGAGCCUGAGCGGUCAUCUGGAAGAGGAAGAGGGCGUGGGAGAGGAGGAGUGCGCGGUGGUCGAGGAAGAGGAGGUUACAAUGGUCCACCUGCACGGUACUAUGAAGCUCAGCAAGAUGGAGGAGACUAUGGAUACAACAAUGCUCCUCCUCCACAGGAUCGUGAGUAUGGUGAUGGAGGUGUGGAGCCUGAGAGGUCAUAUGGUAGAGGAAGAGGGCGUGGCAGAGGAGGAGGACGUGGUGGUCGUGGAAGAGGAGGUUACAAUGGUCCCCCACCUCACUAUGAAGCUCAACAUGAUGGAGGAGACUACGGAUACAACAAUGGUCCUCCUCAACAUGAUCAUGGAUACGAUGCUCCUCCUCAGGGACGUGGACGUGGCCGUGGAAGGGGAGGUCGUGGAAGAGGAGGAGGCCGUGGUGGAUUCAACAGAUCAAAUGGACCACCGAUUCAGGCAGCUGCUUAA